AUGAAUGCACUGUCAUAUGUUUAUGAAUACCUUGUUUUACCGAUUGACCAUUUCAAGGUGAAGAAGAAUCGCAAGGAACAGUUGGUGGAUUCUAAACAUGUUGUAGAUAAUGAAGAGCACACAAAUCAAGAUACUGAAGGUAAUGAUAAGUGUUUAAAUACAAAAGCUCAAAUCCGGGUUAAUGAUGACUCUGUCUUGAAACUGAGAAAGGUUAACCCACUGAUACAAGAUAAAGAUGGAGCUCAAAAGGAUCGGGAUAGUAAAACAAGGAAUGUUUCUAAUAAUAAAAUAGAAAUCAAACCAGUAUCAGAUGAAGAUGAGGAGAAAGAUAUAGAUGGUCAGAUGUCCAGAGGACUGAAAUUCUUUAUUGUAGUCUGGUCAAUAAUUACAUUCUUUCCUAAUUACAUUCUAAUAAAACCCACUCUUUUCGUUUGGUUUAUAUUGACCUUUCCAUUAAGCUUGAUUGAGCAUAGUGUUAGAAGGCGCGGUAAAGCCACAGAAAAUGAACAUUUAUCUCAAUCGCCCGCAACUAAUAAGGACAAUAGUCCUUCUAAAAGGCUGAAUGUCAUUGAGGAGGCAAUAGAAGAUGAUCUCAUAAGUGGUGAAGUCAUGGAAUUGCAGAAGGAUGCAUUAAAGGGUUCAUUACUUCCAACCAAUAAGGAUUCAAGUCAAAAUUCAAGUCAAAAGGAUAGGGGGAAAAAAACAACUAGUACCCCAUCGCAUACAUCAAAUAUUCUUGGCACAAAAAGUAUGGGGCGAUUUCAAUUUCCUAAAAAGCUUAUUCCAAGAUCAAUCCUAUAUUCUGAGAAGAAAAAGACUUUAGUAAUCGACCUUGAUGAAACUUUAAUUCACUCCGUAUCGAGGGGUACAACACAUAGUAAUUCUUCUCAAGCCCAUAUAAUUGAGGUUAGAUUUGCUAUAAGUGGUGUAUCUACAUUAUAUUAUGUUCAUAAGCGACCGUAUUGUGAUUUAUUUCUCUCAAAGGUCUGUAAAUGGUAUAACCUCAUUAUCUUUACUGCAUCUAUGAAGGAAUAUGCAGAUCCAGUUAUAGAUUGGUUGGAGAGUUCGUUCUCUGGCUCAUUUACUCAGCGCAUGUACAGAAACCAUUGUAUUGCAAGAGAUGGUGUUGGAUAUAUUAAAGAUCUUGGCAAUAUCAAGGAUCCCUACUCCAAAAAUGCUACGAUCCCAUUGACAGAUGUCGUUAUUAUCGACAAUAGCCCUGUCAGUUACGCCAUGCAUGUAGAUAAUGCCAUACAAGUUGAAGGGUGGAUAAGUGAUCCAACUGAUACUGAGUUACUAAACUUGCUUCCGUUUCUUGAAGCUUUGAGGUAUACCACUGAUGUACGAAAUGUUUUGGCACUAAAAAAUUCUGAAAAAGCCUUUCAAUUGAGCUAA